UUAUUGAUAAUUUUUUUAACAUUGAGGUUUUUUCGAGAAUUAGGGAUUACAGAGGGGUAAUGUGCUAAUAACUCCUCGGAAUUUAUCAGAGUUUUGUAAACCAGUCUUCAACAUCUAUGAAUUUUAUUAUAAAAAAAUUAUUUAGCAAAGCUCCAAAUCAGGGUUGUAUUUGGGAGUUUGGGGGUUUCACAAAAUCUGGUGGGGUUUUCUAAUUAACCCUUUGAUUUGAUCCUCCAACACCGCCCACCACCAAUCACAGACUUACUACUCGCAUGAUUCUGGAUCUACUACAAUGGAGCAGAAUCCAAGACCGAGAAGCGUUCUCGAAGUAUGUGGUGAAGAAAUCAUCAGAAUCGUAACCCCAGUUUCAAUAUGUAUGGUUUUGGUUGUAAUUCUGGUUUCCAUUCUGAAUGGGGAUUCCUCCUCAAAUUUAUCAUCAAUCACAACCAUGGCCACCAUAGCCUACACCGAAAGCAGCUCAGAUUCCAUAUGGGACAAGCUCAAAGGCGCCCUUUUGAAUUCACUCGUCUUUGUUGUUGUCGUCACAUUGGUAACUUUCCUUUUAGUUCUUCUUUUCUACCUCAGAUGCACCAAAUUCUUGAAAUACUACAUGGGUUUCUCUUCUUUCCUUGUUUUGGGAUUCAUGGGUGGAGAAAUCGCUAUUUUCUUGGUCAAAGAUUUCAACAUUCCCGUUGACUGCAUUACAUUUGCAAUUUUGUUGUUUAAUUUCACGGUUGUGGGUGUUACGGCGGUGUUCAUGUUGAAGAUGGCUAUUUUUGUGACACAAGCUUACUUGGUUGUGAUUGGGGUGUUGGUUGCGUAUUGGUUUACCCUUUUGCCCGAAUGGACGACUUGGAUGCUUUUGGUUGCAAUGUCUUUGUAUGAUCUUGCUGCUGUUUUAUUGCCCGGUGGGCCUUUGAGGCUCUUAGUAGAACUUGCUAUGUCUAGGGAUGAAGAUAUUCCUGCUCUUGUUUACGAGGCACGCCCCGUUAUUAUUGAUAUUCAUAAUAAUAAUAAUAAUGUUGAUUCUACUACUCCCAAUGCACAGAGAAGAGUAUGGAGGAGGAGGGGUGAUUUGGAUGAAAAUGAAGGAAUUAUUAUUAGACAUGAUGAUUCUUCGGAGCUUGCUGCUCCGCUUAUUCAACAUAUAGAUAUCCCCCCGAUGAAUGGUAAUGUGGAAGAAGAUUCAAAUCCAGUGCUUGAAGGAAUUGGGUUGGGAUCAUCAGGUGCAAUUAAGCUUGGAUUGGGAGAUUUCAUAUUUUACAGCGUAUUAGUGGGCAGAGCUGCAAUGUACGACUACAUGACAGUGUAUGCGUGCUACCUUGCUAUCAUAGCUGGUCUUGGUAUAACUCUGAUACUCCUUGCUUUUUAUCGAAAGGCUUUGCCAGCUCUUCCUGUAUCUGUCAUGCUAGGUGUCUUGUUUUAUUUGUUGACUCGCCUUUUACUUGAAGUUUUUGUCGUACAAUGUUCUGUCACCCUAUUGAUGUUUUAGAACCUAAUUAAUAUAUAUAUAUAUAUAUAUAUAUAUAUAUAUAUUUAUUUCUGUUGAUGUUGAUUACAAGUGUUUUCUUGUCUCAGACGGUUGUAACAUUGUUUGUCACACAUAAACUGAAAAAAAAGGCGCCAUCGCCAUCAUUAUUUGUUUCUCCUUGAA